CGGAGUUUUGCUGCAGUGCCGCGCAGCGGAAUGCUGACAAUACACCAUCGGCUUGGAACAAAAACUUGCCGAGGCAGAGGAACACUGCAAAGGCGCCGUGGCCGGUCCCUGUAGAGAAAAAGCAUAAACGGGAGAGAAAAAAGGAGACGAAAGAAGAAAAGGAGUGUCCUUUGUCGCUGAGUACGAAGGUCCGAACGAGCCAGCAGUUGUGUUACGAGUUACUUGCUGUCCCUCAUUCUCUAGCUGGUGCCUCCUUGCUCCAUAGCUCCGAGGACCUACAAACGCGGUAUCAUUCUUUCAAUCAGUGAGGCCUACGUCGCAGAUAUAUUUGGCUCGGUAUUCGGUUGGAUGACAGCACCUCCUCGGCUCACAGUGAAAAACUCAAUUGCUCGAAAACAAGAGGUCCUUUCACUCGGCAACGACGAGGAAUUCAACAUUUUUCUAUUCGGAUUCCACGCGACGAGAGAGAAAAGAGACCCCGUCGUCUCGGCUGUGCUCGUGAUGCUGCGUACGAUUCACGGAGCCUGGCUGCUGGUAAACAAAACAACCAAGACGAACAAAGUUUUCUACUAGGCCGGGUCUGCUUGGAUCCACGAGCGAGCUUUUGUUCUUCCACUUCCUCGCGCGACUGUUCUCCUCCUCCACGCUCGAGUCGAGUUAACGCAACCACAGUGAUUCCGACCGAAAGAAGUUCACGUGUGGUCUCGUCGCAGCAGCAGAUGCCAGGAGUACAAUCCAGUGCAGCUCCGGAGAUAAUGCAGCGACCACCGAGGCUGUCCUCGCCAGACGAGAUCUCCCGGAUUGAUAUUCUCGAGCACGAGAGUGUGAGUGGCGGCGCCGGCGGUGAUGAAACUCCGAUAAGCAGCACCUUGUUCGACAUGUUCGCUUCGUCGCAAUUCUCAAACAACGCCGCCAACAACAGCUCCAGUUCCUCGUCACUGCAUGAAAAGGCGAUUUUUCCAGAGAUUUCAGCCUUUCCCGAGCAAGGAACUACUGCAGCGGCAGCAGCAGCAGGAGGAGGAGGAGCAGGAGAUGGCGGGGGAGGAGGAAUUCCAGCAGCAGGAGCUUCUUCCAGGACUCCGGAAGACGAGCAUCCAGGCAACGGCGGUGGCGGCGGCUUCGGCUCCUUCCAGUUUCUAAGUCGAUCCAUGUUUGCGGAGCGCUCGGACAAAGCCGAGGAGCUCGAGCAGCAGGGAUUGACGCUGCAGCAAGCCUCUCCCUCGAGCGUCGAGAUUGAAGCUCCGGGAAUAACCAAGCUCUGGACUGACUACGACGAAGAUGGUGGGGAGCAGCACCACGCUUCUUUCCACUCCUUGGGCGACAUCAAUGGCAAGAAGAACACAACAACAGCAUCGUUUCAGGCCAAUUCUUCGUGGGGGGGAGCUUCCAGAUCUAGCUCCGUCCUCGAGGCGACCACGACAAGAACCAGCAACAAGCCCAAGCGGAAGAGAUCCAGGCCUUGCAAGAGCAGCGAGGAAGUGGAGAGCCAGCGAAUGACGCACAUCGCAGUGGAGCGCAAUCGCCGACGCCAGAUGAACGAGCAUCUACGAGUUCUUCGCGCUCUCAUGCCAGGAUCUUACGUCCAGCGGGGAGACCAGGCCUCGAUCAUCGGCGGCGCGAUCGAGUUCGUCAAGGAGCUCCAGCAGCUGCUACAAUGCCUCGAGGAGCAGAAGAAGCGCAAGAUGAGCUUCGUGGAGGCACCGCCGAGAAUGCUGGGAUCGCCAACCACGAUCAUCCAAGCGGUGGCCGCCGGCUUUCCUGGCGGUGGUGGCGGGAUGAUCCGAGCGUCGCCGCCAGCGCCGCCGCCGCCGCCACCGCUGCCACUCGACGUCAAGUACUUCGACACGGGGCUGUACGAGCCGCUGCGCGAGCUGUACGGGGAGGCCAAGUCGGAGAUCGCCCAGGUGGAGGUGAAGAUCACGGGCAGCAACGCAAACAUCAAGAUCCUCUCGCAGAAGAAACCCGGGCAGCUGCUCAAGACGAUGACCGCGCUGGAGAACAAGCUGCUGUUUAGCAUCCUCCACACCAACGUGACAACGAUCGAUCACACGGUGCUCUACGCCUUCGAAGUCAAGAUUGGCCAGAACUGCGAACUGGCGAACGAGAUCGCGGAAUUCAUCCACGAAACGCUCGCUUCCAGCCUAUAGUCAAGAAAGGCGAACGAAGAAGAGAGACGUACGGAAAACGUGAUUUCCCGUUUGACAGGGAUUGUACGGAGGGUUUGCCCUUUUUAAAACACGUUAGAUUUUUAAUCU